CCCUCCCAAUCAUGUGAUUCAGGUGUUCCAAUCCCCUCCAUGGACACAGGUGUAUACAAUCAAGCCCCUAGGCAUGCAGACGGCUUCUACAAACAUUGGUGAAAGAAUGGGUCGCUCUCAGGAGCUCAGUGACUCCAAGCGUGGUCCCGUGAUAGGUGGCCACCUGUGCAAUAAGUCCAUCCGUGACAUUUCCUGGCUACUAAAUAUUCCACGCUCAACUGUUAGUGGGAAGCCACUGGGAACAACAGCCACUCAGCCA